GAGGAAAUGUCAAACCUACAUGUCAUCACAUCCACAAGCUAAAUCGUUUUUUUUCUUCUAAUUAUUGAAAACAUAAGAAAAUCAUGACCGAAAAUAAUACUAACGAAAAUCCUAUAGAAGAAACUCAGAAAGAAAAAAAGCACUUUACGAUUAAAGAAACCGAUGAAGAAAUUUUAGAACAAAAGUCUUCUAAGGAAGCAAACAUUAAACCUUUCAAAGAAAUUACCAUCUCGGGUUCUUCUCUCUCCUCAGGUUUACCAACUUUUUCUAAAAUCGUAGACGAAAUCAAUGUCUCAAAAAAGAGUAAAUCGCCGCAGCACGAAGCUAGAUUUAGAGACGAUUCUUUAGAGGUGCCCAAAAAAGAAUUAAAGUAUGUUGACGACACUGAUGAGAAAUCAGUCGAAGAAGAACAAUCCUUAUUGUCUUUUCAUGACGAGCAAGAGAAAAAACUGCGUUUUGGGGCGAGAAAAGACUCUCACACGAAGGGCAUGCGGUUUGAAUACGGCCGAUGUCCGAAAACUUGUGAACGCUUUUUGGGAAUUGUCGAGUUUUCAAAAAUUUUUGUCGACGAAAUUAUCGAAGAUGCUUUACUUAAGGGGAAAGGAUUUAAACAACAGUCCUCUAUUAGAAUCAUUGAAGGUUUUGAAUAUAAUGAAGGUAUUGAAGAGUCUUUGUCACUGGCAAGUAUCGGGACGUAUGUUUGUGUACUUGAAUGGCCAACAAUUGACGAGUUUACGCAGGAAAUUGGUACUGCGAAAAUUAGCGAGUAUUUGUCCUACUGGAGAUUUGAAGAAGAUUGGAAGUAUUGCAUCAAUUUUUUAGUGGGUAAAAGCGAUUCUGCUUGUGAUUUUUACCAAUACGAGGCAAUUUUUAGCAUUCCCUGCAAGCAAUAUCCCAUCCCACAAGCAACAGCAAGUGUGUUUUUUGUAUUUGAAGUAUCCAGGAUAAAGCCUAGACAUUGUCUCGUCGAUGUACACUAUUGGUUUGAAGGGCAACGCACUAUUCACACACCUGGUAAAUUCACAUUUCAAGAAGAAAAACUAUUUAACAUAGUUGAUGCUAAAAUUAACUUCUACAAAACCUUAAGAUUCUGAUUGUAACUAAAUCUAAAUCAAUAAAACCAUUUGGGACUUCGUUAAUUAAAACAUGUAGAU